AUGUCAGAUCCGCUAAUACAAGAGGGUGAAGAGGAAGAUUUUGUAUCACCUUUUGCUAGAACUGAAAAUUUACCAAAAACAACAGCACCAACCUCAACAUUAUCAUAUCCAACAUCUGAUGAAACAUCUGAAAAAAAACAAGAGGAGCAUCAACAAGAGGAAAAUCAAACAACAACAGUAACUAAUACAGAGGAACCAAAGAAAAAGAAACCAUCACAACCACAAAAAGAAAUACAGCAAAAUACAGAACAACAAGAACAAGAACAAGAACAACAUCAACAACAACAACAACAACAACAGCAACCACCAGUAGCAAGUAGAAAGCCAACAUGGGUACCUGAUAACCAUUCAAAUAAAUGUGAGAUGUGUAGUGUACCAUUCACAUUCCUUAAUAGAAGACAUCAUUGUAGACGUUGUGGACAUUUGUUUUGUGGUUCAUGUUGUUCAUUAAAUACAUCUUUGCCACAAGAGUUUGGAUAUACAACAAGAGUUAAAGUAUGCUCUAAAUGUUUUACAACUACAAUUAAUGAAAGAGCAUUAGAAGAAACUACACAUACAAUUAAUAUUGGUGGGGUAAGUAAAGAAACAAAAGUUGUAUCAGGUGUACAUAAAGUAUUACUUUGGAAAAUGGGCGCACACGAGGAUGGCGAUUUUAAUAGAGACAUUAUCGAUUCCAUUGAAAAUGCACCAUCAACACCAAUUCCAGUUUCACGUGUUCAAGAUUUAUAUUUAGAUCCAUCAGUUUUAGAUGUAGAAGGUUGCACAGGUUUCAGAGUUAGAGUUUAUAACCCAGCCCUUGACCCAGGUGAAAAACCUUCAAUUUAUCCAAUUUUAAUGUGGUUCCAUUCUGGCGGUUUUGUUUCAAAAUCAAUUGAAACCCCAUCUAUUGAUGGUUUAUGUAGAUUAUUAUCAAAUCAAGCUAAAUGUGUAGUUAUUUCAGUUGAUUAUAGAUUAGCACCAGAACAUAUGUUCCCAGCAGCAGCUUUAGAUUGUUUUGCAGCAACAUGUUGGGCAGUAAAAAAAGCAUCCACCUUUGAUGGUGAUCCUACAAGAGUAGCAGUUGCAGGUGAUAGUUGUGGUGGUAAUUUAGCAGCAGCAGUAGCAUUGAUGGCAAGAGAUAAAGAAACCCCAAGACUCUGCGGCCAAGUUUUAAUUUGUCCAAUUUUAGAUUUAAAGAGAAAUGAAGAUAAAUAUUAUACUCGUGUGGUCCAUAAUGACGGUUAUUUAAUGCCAAUGAGUUACUUUAGAUGGUUCUCUUCAAAAUACUGUAAGGAAACUGAUGUUGACAACCCAUAUGCAAGUCCAAUUCGUGCAGCAACUACAACCAAAGCAUUAUGUGGUCUUCCUGUAUCCCAUGUUAUUACCGCUGGUCAUGACCCAUUCAUGGAUGAAGGCGAACUUUAUAUUAAAAAAUUAAGACAAUCCAAUGUCAAGGUUUACCAUACUCGUUAUACAAACAGUACCAAUGCAUUCUUUGGUAUUGGUCUUGAUGAAUCAAAUGAAGCUGUAAUGGAAGUUUCAAUUAUAUUAAAAUAUAUGUUUGGUGUAAAAAGAAAUUAA